ACCAGCAGCAGCAGCGGUAGUUCAGGUCAGUCAGUCCAGUCAGCAGUCAUCCACGCAUCUAUCUAUAUUCCCCCUUUUCUUAAAUUAGCCACUUUAAGCUUCGCGAUACCGCCCCCAAUUUCAGCGUCGGUACGGAGCCGCCAGGCCGGGACUGAGACGGAGAGAGAGGCCUCGGCCAUGGAAGCGCUCGGACCCGGCCCGCCCGCACCAACCUCUCUGUUUCAGCCCCCGCGGCGUCCCGGCCUUGGCACGGUGGGGAAACCCAUCCGGCUCCUUGCCAACCACUUCCAGGUGCAGAUUCCCAAGAUUGAUGUCUAUCACUAUGAUAUCGACAUCAAGCCUGAGAAACGGCCUCGGAGGGUCAACAGGGAGGUGGUGGACACCAUGGUGCGGCACUUCAAGAUGCAGAUCUUUGGAGACCGACAACCUGGCUACGACGGGAAGAGGAACAUGUACACAGCACAUCCACUGCCAAUUGGAAGAGACAGGGUGGAUCUGGAGGUGACUCUGCCGGGCGAGGGGAAAGAUCAGACGUUUAAGGUGUCCUUGCAGUGGGUGUCUGUGGUCAGUCUUCAGAUGCUGCUGGAGGCCCUGUCGGGUCACCUGAACGAGGUCCCCGAGGACUCCGUUCAGGCUCUCGACGUCAUCACGCGGCACCUUCCCUCCAUGAGAUACACUCCUGUUGGGCGUUCGUUCUUCUCCCCGCCAGAGGGCUACUAUCAUCCUCUGGGUGGAGGCAGGGAGGUGUGGUUUGGUUUCCAUCAGUCCGUCCGUCCUGCCAUGUGGAACAUGAUGCUCAACAUCGAUGUGUCAGCCACCGCUUUCUACCGCGCUCAGCCUGUGAUCGAGUUCAUGUGCGAGGUCCUGGACAUUCAGAACAUCAACGAACAGACCAAACCCCUGACCGACUCGCAGCGCGUCAAAUUCACCAAGGAAAUACGAGGUUUAAAAGUUGAGGUCACACACUGUGGUCAAAUGAAGAGGAAGUACCGUGUGUGCAACGUAACACGCCGACCUGCCAGCCACCAAACCUUCCCCUUACAGCUCGAGAACGGCCAAGCCAUGGAGUGCACAGUAGCGCAGUAUUUCAAGCAGAAGUACAACCUGCAGCUCAAAUAUCCACAUUUACCGUGCUUGCAAGUAGGGCAGGAACAGAAGCACACCUACCUUCCCCUGGAGGUCUGUAACAUAGUCGCAGGCCAACGCUGCAUCAAAAAACUGACAGACAACCAGACAUCCACCAUGAUCAAAGCUACAGCUCGCUCUGCCCCCGACAGGCAGGAGGAGAUCAGCAGACUGGUUAAAAGUAACAGCAUGGUCGGGGGUCCGGACCCUUACCUGAAAGAAUUUGGCAUCGUGGUUCACAACGACAUGACCGAGGUGACGGGCCGUGUGCUCCCUGCGCCCAUGCUGCAGUAUGGGGGCCGGGUGAGCACGGACACAGGGCGGGACUGUGGCAGGGGUCUCUCUCCGCAGAAUAAGACCGUGGCCACGCCCAACCAGGGCGUAUGGGACAUGAGAGGGAAGCAGUUCUACGCCGGCAUCGAGAUCAAGGUCUGGGCCGUGGCCUGCUUCGCUCCCCAGAAACAGUGCCGGGAGGACCUGCUCAAGAGCUUCACCGACCAGCUCCGAAAGAUCUCCAAGGAUGCUGGGAUGCCCAUUCAAGGCCAGCCAUGUUUCUGUAAAUACGCCCAAGGAGCUGACAGCGUGGAGCCCAUGUUCAAACACCUCAAGAUGUCCUACGUCGGGCUGCAGCUAAUCGUGGUCAUCCUGCCUGGCAAAACACCCGUCUAUGCUGAGGUAAAGCGUGUGGGCGACACUCUCCUCGGCAUGGCGACCCAGUGCGUCCAGGUGAAAAAUGUAGUGAAGACGUCCCCUCAGACCCUCUCCAACCUGUGCCUCAAGAUCAACGCCAAGCUGGGAGGAAUCAACAACGUCCUGGUGCCUCAUCAGAGGCCGUCCGUUUUCCAGCAGCCCGUAAUCUUCCUUGGGGCUGAUGUCACUCAUCCCCCAGCAGGUGACGGCAAGAAGCCGUCCAUAGCUGCAGUGGUGGGCAGUAUGGACGGUCAUCCCAGCCGUUACUGUGCAACCGUGCGUGUCCAGACGUCCAGACAAGACAUGUCCCAGGUAACAGAUGCAGAAAAGGAGCAGCUUUUCAGUCAGGAAGUCAUCCAAGACUUAACCAACAUGGUGCGGGAGCUUCUCAUCCAGUUCUACAAGUCCACGCGUUUCAAGCCCACACGGAUCAUUUACUAUCGUGGGGGAGUGUCAGAGGGACAAAUGAAACAGGUUGCAUGGCCGGAGCUGAUCGCCAUUAGGAAGGCCUGUAUCAGUCUGGAGGAGGAUUACAGACCGGGCAUUACCUACAUCGUGGUCCAGAAACGUCAUCACACCCGUCUCUUCUGCUCUGACAAAGCCGAGAGGGUUGGGAAGAGCGGUAAUGUCCCAGCAGGAACCACAGUGGACAGCACCAUCACACACCCGUCCGAGUUCGACUUCUACCUGUGCAGCCAUGCUGGGAUCCAGGGGACCAGUCGUCCGUCCCACUACCAUGUCCUGUGGGAUGACAACUGUUUCACUGCCGAUGAGCUGCAGCUCCUCACCUACCAGCUGUGCCACACCUACGUCCGCUGCACGCGCUCCGUCUCCAUCCCGGCGCCGGCCUACUACGCUCGGCUGGUGGCUUUCAGAGCCCGCUACCACCUGGUGGACAAAGACCAUGACAGUGCUGAAGGCAGCCAUGUGUCGGGCCAAAGUAACGGCCGGGACCCUCAAGCGUUGGCCAAGGCAGUCCAGAUCCACUAUGAUACCCAGCACACCAUGUACUUCGCUUGAGCUAGCGAGCAGCCAGUCCACCCGCGGAUUCCCUUUCUCUCUCUUUCUCUCUCUGUUCGUUUAUCUCUUAUUUGCCACUCUCUCUCCUCCUUCUGCCACAUUUCUCUCUCUCUCUCUCCUUGUAGUCUGUCUCUUUCUCUUCACACUCAUUCUACGUUUUUCUGAAUCUGCACCAAAGCGGCUCGUGGACGGGGGGGAACCUGCUGCACCUUUAAGCGCGGCAGGUUUUUUUGUUUCAAGGAACAUUUUCCAACCAGCGUUCCCAACCGAGCCGCCUUUCAAACCAGCAAUCCAGCACUGCGACUCCUUGAGAGGUGUCCAGUGCAACAAGAAGAAACAAAAAACAAACCAUACACACACAUAUUCUACAAGUUGAGCCAUUAUUUUGAGUUUGUUUUUUCUAUUUGAAUGUCUGCACUCUUGUGUUUGUAAGAUACACUGAGCAAGGGAGUGGAUUGGCACAGCCUGUGUCAGCGCAGCUCUUUAGCUCUCCCAGCUAAGCAGGACUCUUAUCUACUUUUACCUCAAAGCCCCUUUGGGCAAAAUCUGUCACAAGGUCUUGGGUUUAUUUGGGUGGCGGGGAGGGAACUCUACAGGAAAAGAGACGGAGUCGGGGAGUCGACCUUUUAAGAAUGAUAUAUAUAUAUUUUUUCCUUUUUAUGAGCGUGUGUUUUAACUUUUUCUCCUUUACCGUCUUUUACAAGCGAGGUGACCUGGGUGUCAUGCCCAUUACUACUUUCCUCCCAUCUUAGCGAAGAACACCCAAGUCUUUAUGUGCGAGUGUGUGUGAGAGUGAAUGUGUGUGUGCAUCUCUGUAUAUACAUGUUCUGCUGUAUGAGUGUGUGUGUGAGUGCGAGCACGUGUGUUUCAUGGCUGGCCACUGAAUUGUAAAGGGAAAUCAAGGAGAUAACUGCUGUAAAUGCCUCAGAUUUGUUGUUUUUAUAUUCACACAUACAGUACAUAUAAGCAUAUAUUUACAUCUAUAGAGCAACUUUGAGACAUAUGACUUAAAACAGGCCUCCCAGAGGCUGUUGUGGGUAUUUGUAGCAGCCCUGAAUCACGUUUUCACUGAGAUACUUUGAAUUAUGUGUGUGUUAGCUUGAUGCUAAUGCUGCACAGAAGGGAUUUGCACUUUUUUUUUGUGCCUGAAAACAUCAGAAAAAAAUCCCAGACCGGUGAUUCAGACUAUUUCAAGUGCAAAGUGAGUUCAGGUCUGAUGUGUAGCAGUAGUAACCGUGGUCUGGCCUGUGACUGGCUCAGCAUUGGGACCUGUUGAACGGCUGAAGGCAUCAAACAGAGUACGGUUUUUAUCAGCCCUUCUUUCCGCGUGAGAAGCAGGAUCUUAAUUUUCUUUGGACCUGAUAUUCUGAAAGAUUUUAUGAUGACACUGCUGGACGUUGCUUUAUUUGUUUUCAUUUUGUAGUAGUUUCAAGGGCCGGAAACCAACCUAGUUUGUUUUUUGUUUGUUUGUUUGAUUUUUGAGGUCUCCUUUGCUAACUGGCCAAUUCAUUGCACUGACCCGGGACGCUAGGCAAGCAACAGAGGGCACUCUCAAUCUCUCUUACCUUUAUGCAUUUAUACAUACGAAUCAACAAAGCAGAUUUGUAAAAGUUUAAUAUAAGAUGUUUUGUGGUUAUCUUAAAAAAAGAACUGUUGUUUAGAUUAGUAGUUUACCAUUGAUGUUGUUGUUGUUAUCGUUGUUUCAAUGUUGUUACUAUUGUGAUGAAAUUUUAAGGUCGGCGGCAAAGCCAGUUCUCUAGUUACUAGCGCGAUUCAGGAAUAGACUUGAGUUGUUGAGGUGCAGGUUAAAGGGGGUAGAGCUUUGGGUUGGAACGUUUUCUUUUGUAGCAUUCUGGUUCAAGGUGAGAAGGAGAAGAAGAAGACCCCAGGACGGAUGAGUUCAUGCUUCCUCGGUAGGAUGUGAGUGAGUCAAAUCUAGCGGCAGGUUGAGGUAUCGUGUAGCACUCCAGAUCUGCAGCUGCUUCGUUCGCCGCUCGGCUGGCGUCUGUUGGAUUGAGAUCAGAUAGAUGGAGACAAUCAGGGAUUGUAAUCAGAGUGAACCUAGAUUAAGGGAUUUGUUCUAAAGUGGUCUGCGAUAGGCAAUGAGUUGAAUUUUUAGACUUUUUAAAAAAUGGUUUCUAUUAUUCUGUGUGUAUUUGAAGUAUACCCAUCUUAAAGUCUCUUAAAGCUAUUUGACCGUGUUUGUUUCAUAUUUUUAUGCAUUUUUAACACUGGAUUAAAUGAAUUGACAAUAAGCAUAAGCACUGCCCUUGGACCCCCUGUACAAACACUCAUCAGCAACCGCUCUGUGGCGACAGACGCCCACGUGGUGCCCCCUGGUGUUGCGAUUAGAAAAAUGCAGGGCGAGUUUUGGAGAAGCGGUCGACGCGCACGCCUCAUCAGGGGGGGGACAGCUCAGUAAAAACGCUUUUGUAAUAAACCACCCGUAAAGCAGCAGGUUUACUAUGAAUGAGUUUGAGCACCCGCCUGUUGGAGGCGUGGGCGUUGGCGUCGGCAGGGAAGGUGGAGGGCUGUGGUUAGGGGAGGGCGAGGGGGGGGGGACUGGGAGGGUGUUGUCCAGGCAUUGCAUGCAAUAAGUUUUUUUUUUUUGUUUGUUUUUAAAGGGCCGAUCAGAUUUUCAAACAUGCACUAGCUUCAACAAGCCAAACUGGCUGUGAUUGAACAUUCAUCCGGCAUCUCCAACUGAGGAAUGAUUUCUUUUUUAACCUUUUCAAUAUUUGAUCCUGAAACUCCAGUCUGAGGAACAAUCACUCCCUGUUUGUAACAUUGCAAAGCAAUAUCAACCCGUUUCAAGUGUCCGAUGUGGAAGAACAAAGCUAUAAUUCUACUCAUUGUGGUUGUUGGUCUACCUUGCAAUUGUGUCUCUGUACUUCUUUAUUUUUUUCACUUUUAGUUAUUUUAUUUUGCUUGUAUCAAUCAGUGGGAAUGUGCAUUUGGUGGAAUAGUUAUGUAGGCUUUAGACAAUUUUCUUUCAAGUAACAAAACGUAGACUUUGCUCGCCUGCAUGCCAGAGUAUUGUCCUUUUUUGAAAAAAGAAAAAAAACCUUUUUGAAUCAUAUUUAUUAUGAAAGAAAAAAGUAUAAAUGCUUUUUUUUGGGUAAAUGUUUAUGAAUUUUAGUGGGACUGUUUUAGGCUAGCAAUAUUUGUCCGGUCUCUCCAAGACGCAUUUUAAAUAUUCCUACACAAAUGUCAGUAAUCUGGAGGUACACUCUGUUCAGGAGGGGAGGAGGGGUCGGAUCUUAGCGCUGGGUUCAAAUCCAAACGAGGUACUUUCUUCAAACGUGGGCCACGUUAAAGACCGAACCCCCUCUCCUCCUUCGCCAGGUUCCUGCGGGGAGCAUCCACUCUGUCUCCUCGCGCCUGGUUUGUACCUGUGGCCACACCUCCUGGUGGGGGCUCUUCCUGUCUUCAUGGCAACUCUGCUGACCCCUCACAAAUGCACUUCCUCUUUGUGUUGGGGUCCUCAUGGCAUCAGCAGAGUAGGAUUACCUCUUUUUAACCUUUUUAAAAAAAGAUCCAUAAUUCUUUCUGUGCCCCAAUAGAAAGAGAGCAUGAAUUAUUUUUCAAUUCCUCUCACUUUGAUAUAUUGUUAUAUCUUAACGGAUUUGUAAUUUGACAUUGUGUAUUGUGUAUUUUCUUUUUAUUCCCUUUUUCGGUUCCUGUUUUCUCGGGGUGGGGGGGGGGGGGGGGGGGGGAUUUGUUAUAGCUCUGCUCUGUUUCUUUUCGUUUAUGCUAGUGGUCUCUGAAGCUGUGUGUGAUUGUCUCAUAGCAAUAGAACCACAGAGUUGGAACAGUCCGAUUCCAUGAAUGGAAUGUUCUGAUUCUGUGAAUGAACGGAACCCUUUCUAACCAGUUCUGAAAGGGCGGGGUUAUGUUCUAGCUCCGCCCCCAGCAGAGGGCCAUUCACUCGCUGUUAUUGCUAUUAUGUGACAUGUUCAAAUAUGUUUUUUUUUUAGCCUGCAGGGAAUUCUUGUGUUAAUGUGCAAAGUAAUAAAUUGGUAUUUUAUGCCCAUGA